AUGUUGCCUCCGGCUCUCAACAUCCCCAAAUGGCUCGAAGAAAACUCCCAUCUCCUACAACCACCAGUCAAUAAUUACUGUGUCUACCACCCCUCAACCCCGGCAACAGCCGGCUACACUGUGAUGAUCGUCGGCGGACCCAACGCGCGAACAGACUACCACAUCAACACAACUCCCGAAUUUUUCUACCAAUACAGAGGAUCCAUGCUCCUCAAGACAGUUGACCCGUCAACCAAUCCGCCCACGUUCCAGGAUAUUCCGAUCCACGAAGGAUCGAUCUUCCUGUUGCCGGCAAACACACCGCACAGCCCGGUCCGAUUUAAGGACACGGUCGGUGUAGUGAUGGAGCAGCCACGACCAGAUGGAGCAGUGGACAUUAUGCGAUGGUAUUGCCGGAAGUGUAGCGAGAUCGUAUGGGAGAAAAGGUUUGUAUGCACGGAUCUAGGGACGCAGGUUAAGGCUGUCGUGGAGGAAUUUGGAGCAGACGAGGAAAAAAGACGGUGCAAGGGUUGUGGAGAAAUGGCGGCGGUAAGAUAUCAGGAAGGGGAGGUGGUGCAGCCUUGA